GCUGCCGGGUGCUGGAGGCGCCAUUGGAGCCGGCUUGGCUUGCGGGCCCCGCUGAGGAGCUGGAGGUCAGGCCGCAUUUACCGCCGCGUCCGCGCCUGGUCCCUGGCCCCUCAGCGGUAUGGCGUGCGGGGCGACGUUGAAGCGGCCCAUGGAGUUCGAGGCGGCGCUGCUGAGUCCCGGCUCCCCGAAGCGGCGGCGCUGUGCCCCUCUGCCCGGCCCGGCUCCCGGCCUUAGGCCCCCGGAGGCCGAGCCGCCGCCGCCGCUUCAGACACAGAUCCCACCGCCGGCUCUGCAACAGCCUGCCUCGCCCGGUAGCGAGCGACGCCUUCCAACUCCGGAGCAAAUUUUUCAGAACAUAAAACAAGAAUAUAGCCGUUACCAGAGGUGGAGACAUUUAGAAGUUGUUCUUAAUCAGAGUGAAGCUUGCACUUCGGAAAGUCAUCCUCACCCCUCAGCACUCACAGCACCUAGUUCUCCAGGUUCCUCCUGGAUGAAGAAGGACCAGCCCACCUUUACCCUCCGUCAAGUUGGAAUAAUAUGUGAGCGUCUCUUAAAAGACUAUGAAGAUAAAAUUCGGGAGGAGUAUGAGCAAAUCCUCAAUACCAAACUAGCAGAACAAUAUGAAUCUUUUGUGAAAUUCACACAUGAUCAGAUUAUGCGACGAUAUGGGACAAGGCCAACAAGCUACGUGUCCUGAAGGUUUCUUGCAUAUCUGAGUACCAGGUUUGACCUCAAGAGAUGGCUGCUGCACACUUUUUGCAACUGGUUUGAUAUCACAUUUCAGCUCCAACUUUGCAUCCUGAGAACACUUAAUUGUUUCUGCAGGUCCAUUUUAUACAACUUGAAAGAUGUUGAAACUUUCUGGUUGCCACAAGCAUAUCUUUCUUUCCUGCUCAUCCAAUAAACAGCUGUGCCCUACUGUGAUAGAUUUUCCAAACAAAAAACCUGGAGCAGCAGUUUAGUAAAAUAUGCCUUCAGUGGCACUCAACAAAUGGAGUUUCCCCAAGCACAGUUCUGUAAGAAGUGUGUGUGUGAGAGUGUGUGUAUAUGUGUGUAUGUGCAUUUUAAGUUAUUAUUUGUAUUGUGCAAAUUUUUUGAUCUUGGGGAUUCUGGCUGUGAAUUUGAUGCACGACAAUUAUGGUUAAAAACAUUUGCUUGGUCUACAGAAGAUCAUUAAUGUUUUGUGACCAUAUAAGUUGUAACAGUGGAUUAUUUUAUGUGUAGGUAUUAUUGUUAAAUACAAGGACUGUUUCCAGGCACAGAAUAUGAAUCAUAAAUUAGGAUGGACAUUAGAUAUGAUUAUGACAUAGCGAAGGUCUGCAGUCUAGGUCUGCAGAUGCAUGGUGAGGAAUUAGAACAAAUUGGAGGAUAGGCCAUUCGACACAUGGACUCCGCCUAGCCGUGUUACAAAAAUACUUUGACUCCAAGCCUUAAAAUACCCACAUGGAGUCUGUGCUCACCUCAUUCACACAAUCAGAGAGCUCCCUGGACACUAAACCUCUCCAGGGAAAAGAUCUCUCCUAGAGCAGGAACAUCAGGGUUUGUUCCAUAGCAUAGCAUAGGUGAGCAUGGGGCUGGGCCAGCCCCAGUGGCACUGCCACUUGGGCAGAAUUGGGAUCCUUUAGUUGGGUUUCCCCAAAUUCUUUUAAGAGGCGUCCAUGUUCAACUGCUUGAGUUUUGUUUUGGUAACCUCCUGCCUGAGGUUGCUUAUGGGCUGUUCUUCACUUGGUUUCCAAGGCUGAGGAACAGAAAGUAGCCUCUGUUUUGAGGAGGUGGAAGUUGAGUAUACAUUUAUUUUUUACUGUGACUUGUUCAGGACCACAUUUUACAAAAUGCCUUGUUUCAUUAUUGUUUCUGGAAAGGAAAGUUCCAUUAAAAUUGUUUUAGUUUAAUAUAGAAUAGUUUUUUUUAAUUAGGGCUUAUUUUGAAAAAUUCUGAAUUUAAUUCAAAUGUAUGCCAAUACCUUCCAAAGUAAGGUAAUAUUCACAGACAGUUGUUCAGAUCAGAUGGCUUAGAGAAAUUUCUGGAAUAUUCACAUUCAAAGAUUCCUUAUUAAUGAAUGUCUUUGACAUAAACCUAACCAAAAACUGCAACAUUAUUCUUUGUAAAUUUUCAUUAUAUAGUGUUAACAAGCUUAGUUGCAAACAAAUAAAAUACUUAAGCUAUUUGUUUACCUUGCCUUCUUACUACUGUGAUAAUGUUUAUUCAUUCAAGUAAUUUAUGUGAGGCUGCUAUAACUUUCUCCAGUUCAUCAUUACGUUGAAGAUUUAUAGACUUUAAAGCCCAGCAUUGAUCUUUUAAUUAUUAAAGAAUGAAUUUAUUUCGUAUUUGAAGGCCGAUCUGUUUUCAUCUCUUCUUUUUCCAGGGUAGCCACUUGUUCCUGGAACCAGGAGCAUAGCCAUGGGUAUAAUGAGAGUGACCCUGCAGAGGGAUAAUCAGAUUAAGACAAGGGAAGGGCAGCUGUGAGGACCAUCAAAAGUCCUAAAGGCUCUAUCAGGAGCAGGGAAUGCUGCCUCACUGAGAUCAUUUUGUUGCUACAGAAUCAUUGUGAUAUGUUCACUCAUUGCAAGUGUCAGCCCCAUUCCUUCUGAAGGAAAAAUGACAUCCUCUUACUCUACCCUCUCACUGCACCCAGUGUUGUUGGGCUGUUGUAUAUGGUUCCCCUCAGUGGCCACAGGGUAAGACCACACCACCAUUACUGGCAGUUGGGAUCUCCUCUAAAGGGACUAUAUGUGUUUGUCUAGUGUUAAAGCCAGAGAAAAGACAGCUCCUAGGACAGAAAAUGAGGACCUAGAAGGUAAACCUUAGACUGGAGAAAGAAGGAAUUUUUUUUUAGGCCUUGAUUUCUAUGGCUUGAACUUACAGGUACUCCUAUUAAGGAAGUAUCUGUCCCCUAGGUAUAGGUCAAGUCCUAGGGAAGAAUUCAUCCUACAAAUACCUUGCAAAAAUGUGCCAGAACCUGUGUUCUCAGAAUGAUCAUAUCUGGUGAGCUAGUUUAAAAGUUUUUCUCAGUUUUAGUAUCCUUUGUUAUCAUCUUGUAGUAAAAUUUAAGCUUACAGGAAGGAAAGGAAGAGGUGUCCAUGCCUGGGACAGUGGAGUAAAGGGGACAUAAAAGCUCUCAAGGCAGUGAUAAUUGGUGAGAACAACCCUCCACCCCCCAAGAGAAGAACAUCAGGGAAUGCAAGAAUUAGGGCCAAAUUUCCAUACUUGGUAUAUCUUCUUUGGCCACCAUGGAGGUUUGGUUGUCUAGUGUAGUGGUUAAAGGAAUGGUUUUUGGAUAUCCAUAGUGCUGGAAUUUAGUCUCUCACCUGCCACUAAUUCUGCUAUGUUUACUGAACUUUCUGAGCUAUAGUUUUCUUAUCUGUAAAAUGGGGGUUAAUAGUAUGUGUAUCAUUGAAUUUUGUUUUAAAAUGUGAAGAUUAAAUGAAAUAAUCUUUGUAAAGAAACUAUUUAGCAUAGUUUGGGGCAUAGAAUAGGCACUUAAAAAUGUUACAGCAGGAAACAAAAUUGCAGCAGGUUUCCAUAUGAUGGUCUUCAUCAGAUCUGAAGACCAAAACCUUCCUGUCUACAACAGUGAUUUCCAGAUGAGUAGCCCCUUGUUAACAUCAAAUCUCACAUUCUCGUUAGAAUUGGUACUUUUAAAUGUUUGACUAAGAAAAUAAUAAAAGAUGCAUGACAAAUGAAUGCAGUAAUGCCUUUCAGUAAAAUCUGUGUUUUGUUAUUCACUAUAGCAGGGGUCAGCAAACUGGGGGCCUGCUAUCUAAAUAAAGUUUUAUUGGCACUCUGCCAUGCCUGUUCAUUUGCAGUGUUGUCUCUGGCUCCAUUCUCGCUGCUAGGUGUGACAGACUGUAUUGGCCACAGAGCUGAAAAUGCUUUCACUCUGGGCUUUUACAGAAAGUUUGCUGAUCCUGUGCACUAUAGCAUUGAUAGACAUUUGAAAAGGGGGUACUUAAACAAUACAGACUUACUUCAUUUAGAAUCCUUGGUGCGUCAUGGAAUUGGUGGGCCACUUGCCCUAAUUUGUGAUUCCCAGGAGAGUUAUAUCUCAGUUUUAGGUAGGUCACUAGUCUACCGGAAAAUACCCUUACAAAUGAAAACUGACAUUGCUAAAGUGAGUAUCUUACAGGAAAAGUUAAUGUACAGCUUUUUAGAGCAAUGGUUCUCAAGGAUGAAGAGGGAGCAUACUAUUUGGGGAAGAAAAGAUUCAGACUGAUCAUUUAUUUCCAGCAUAUUUAAUUUUGAAAUUUUAGGUUCAAUAGUGGACAUGACAAUUUUAUGUUCAUCAAAAGAGCAUGAGUUUAAAGAUAGUUGUAAAAUACCUGCCCUGGAGAUUUUUUCACUGAAAACUGCAUCAGAGUGUCCUGUCAUCUUCUAGAGCUACAGUUAGACCUUGUAUAAGGUUGGACACUUCCAGGAAGAAGGCAGCAGGUUUAGCUGGGGAAAAAUCUCCAGCUACACACCCAAAUCAUACUUUCAUAUAAAUAGUUAGCACUUCAUUAUAGGGAGGGCACAAUAUUUUAAUGAUUUCAAUAUCUGAAAUCUUCAUGGGUCUCAUUCUGUUGUUUUUUACAGAUUGUUACUUAUAGUAUCUCCUUAUGUGCCUUGGUAUCUGUGUGCUGGACAAUAUUUGAAAAUUAUUUAUAGGAAUAAACUGACCAGGAUGAUAGUACCUACCCCUAGAAAGGAUUUGUUUUUCUUUGCUUAAGAUUGCUACCAGUCCAAAACCAUGUUAAUUCAGACUGAAGGCUGGAGAUUCCCUGGAUAAUCCAGAUCAUGCACAACCAGGUGGCAAGGCCAUGUGAGGACUGGUUGACUUUUAUUUCACCCUAAUCUGGAAGGUGUAAUCCUUUGGCAGACAAUGUAAAGUACCUGCAGUGUAGAUUAAUUCAGUAAUUCAUUACCUAGUUAACCUUUUGAUAUUUUAAAAAAAAUUCUUACAUUCCAUCUGCUUUUUAGUUAACUUAGCAGUAGGUUGAUCUAAAUUAGGCAAUUCUUCAUAUCUAGAAAUGGAAGUUCUACGUGCUUUGUCUCACUGGAGCUUUAGUUGGUGAAGGCUAUUAACCUGGCUUGGUACCCAACAUUUUUUCAUGCUAAUGGAUGACAGAUAUGGAAAGACUUUAUACUGGCCUUGAAUGUUUCUCAUACAUUCAGCAAGCGUUACUGGUGUCUUCUGUGUUCUUUUCUUGUGGAGGACGGAUAAUUCAGGUUUUUAAAGCCUGGCAAAUUCUGUAAGUAACCCCUUGUCUGUCUUAAAUAUCCUCAGUGCCCAGUAGACUUAACUUAAUCAGUUGACUGACCCCAAGAGGCUCAGUCUAGCAAGGAAAAUAAGCCAGCAAUGUAAAAGUUGUGUAUGGUACAGAUAGUAGAAUACGUUAGGUAUCAAAAAACAAAAAGGCUCAGGUAGGCAAAGGCAGGAAUUGGAACUUGGAGUGAGCAAAGGCUAAGUAGUGGGAAAUCAAAGUGAUAUGGAGGGAGAACAUUGUUUUUUUAGCCAAAGUAGAAAGUUCAAGUAGAUCCUGGGAAGCGAUCUUGGAGCUAGGUAGAAGCCAGAUAAUGGAGGGCUAUGACUACUAUAAGUUUGGCCCUUAUUCGUUGGGAAUCUGAAGAGUUUGGGGAAAACUAAUUCAGGAGUGGGUACAGGACAGGAGGGUAAAAACAAAACUAGGGACAGGUUGACAGUUAAGGCGCUGCUCAUUGUCCAGUCAGAUAAUGAAAUGCCUGUACACUGGGAAAGUCAAGUGGACAAGAUUGUGGCUUGGCCUGGGUAAUAGGCCCUUGAAUUCUUCUGGUUUCAUCUUCCCUGUCCCCACAGCCACACCUUCAAAGAUACUUUUUCUUUUGGCUUGGCUUGUCUUUACUCCCUCAUUUAGCUAAACCAGCCCAAUUCCAUGGUUUUUGUUUGUUGUUUUUUGGCACAGACUCCCUUAAAUCUACCUAUUAAUGGCACUGGUUAGUUCUUGCAUAGACUAUUGAAAAAAUUUUCCUCUGGGGCUCUAUACCCAGCAGAGACUUUAGCCCAUCAUUUUCAUGAUGCUUCUGUUGUUCCUCUGCUUGGAGUUAACUCCCUUGUUACUUUGCAAAUGCCUACUUAAAUCACAAUUGUCUUUCUGCUCCCCUAUUCAGGACAGAGUUAGUUAUUCAUUAGAUAAAUGUUUAUAAAAGAUCUGUUCUAGACACUGGUAAUACAUCACUGAACUGGACAAGGUUCCUGCUCUUAUGGUGCUUACAUUCUUGUGAGGCAAGACAGGCAAACUAGUUAAAUAACUUAAAUCAGAGAUUUAUAAGUCUGUAAAGAAAAUUAAAUGAUGAUGGAGAGUAACUAGGUACCUAAAUAGGACUGUUAAGGAAGACCUUUUCAGAGAAGGCAUACUACUUAAAACAGUGCUUCAUUUUAGCACUUAAAAUGAGCUGUAGCAGAGUGGAAAAUAUGUCCUUAAAAAAGUUGUAUAAUGUUGCAUGGUGGUGUCUACAUCACUCUUCCACUAUACUGUGCUCUUGAAUGGUAGCAUCUUGAUCUAUUGUUUCUCUUCCUGGCUCUUAAAUGAUGAGCAAGUUAAUUAAUUGUGUAGCUACUCUUCCCCUUUCCCAGUCUUCAUUGUACUGUCUGAAGUUUGUUCCAUUCAUUCCCAGAUCAAACCACUUUUAGCCUUCUGCAGGCUGGCUGCUUCUCUGCAGCUAAGUUAAGAGAUGCAGUUCUUAACAUAGAGAAGCUUACAGGCUAGUGGACAAAAUUGUGAUAAAAUUCCUUGAUUUGGUAUGUUCUGUAUGUCUGGGCAUAGAGAGAGCAGGGUGUUUCCUGGGGAAGGCUAUUCAGCUACCCUGGCAGGUUGCCUCCAGCUAGCUUAUUUACCCUGAUCUGUGUUCAGGAAUGCUGACUAAUAA